AAUAUAAAAAAAUAAUAGAAAUAUACCUAAAAAUAAAAAAGAUAUUUGAAUUGAAGAUCUCUGGUGGUAUCGUAAACAAUAUUUUAUUAGAAACAAAAUGCUUAAUUCUAUGGUUAAAGAACACCAAGCGAGGCAAGUUAAACGCAAAGAAGAACAAGAAAUUCGUCGCAAAGAAGCAAUUGAAUCCUCCAAUGAACUUACACAAGCCCUAGUGGACCAUUUAAAUGUUGGUGUGGCUCAAGCUUAUCUUAACCAAAAGCGAUUGGAUGCUGAAGCAAAACAAUUACAUGUCGGUGCUACUAAUUUCGCCAAACAGACUCAUCAAUGGUUGCAACUAAUCGAUAAUUUUAGCAGUGCCUUGAAGGAGCUCGGAGAUGUUGAAAACUGGGCACGAAGCAUUGAGACUGAUAUGCAAACAAUACAAGGAACUUUGGAAAUAGCCUACAAGACUUCACGACAGCCAACAUCUUCAACAAAUUAAUUAAAACAUGAUAUCAAAUUUAUUAUAUAAUUUAAUACAUUUAUUUAAUUAAAUUUGUAAUUUUUAUUUGUUUAUAAUAAAUGAUUUUUUAUUUAAAAAAAUAAACACGGCCGAAUGAAUAUAUUAGCCUACGACAUUGCAGUGGGAGCAUUGAUGAAUGUUUGACAUUAAAGCACGCAUUCCGGCAUUUAUAAAUAUAAAAAUAAUUUUGUCUAAUGUAUGUUUUCGUUUUGUUUUUUUUUUUUUAAUAUAA